CCCACUUCAGCGGGCAGGACCAAGGCAUUGCAGCGGCGGGAUGUUGGUGCUGUGGCCGCUAGCCGUGGCGCUGCUGGCGACAGCGGGUUUGCUCUGGGCUCCAUGGCCGCAGUCAUGGUCGGAGGUGCCGAUGGUGUGUCGGGCGCUGGUGUCGGCGCUGCGGCUGUGGUGGUGGUCCCGCCAGCGGCCGCCCCCAACCUUGCUCGAUGUGUUGUUGCGGAGGGCGCGGGAGAACCCGGACAAGUUGCUGCUGCUGUUCGAGGGCCGGGAGUUGACCUACGGCCAGCUGGACGCCGACAGCAACCGGCUGGGUCGGGCUCUGCUGGCGGCCACCGCGCUGAGUCCAGGGGACUGCGUGGCGCUGCUGCUGCCCAACGGGCCGCUCUUCCUGACCGCCUGGUUCGGCCUGACCAAGCUCGGCUGCGCCGCCGCCUUCCUCAACACCAACGUCCGAGGACAGGGGCUGCUUCACUGUUUCCGCAGUAGCGGCGCCCGCCUCCUGCUCACCUCGGCAGAUCAUUCGAGUUUACUGGAGGAGUUGUUGCCAGCUCUGAGAAAUGACAACGUGACGGUAUUCGUACUGGAUGGCGAGAAUACCGGAGGGGCUGUUGAAAGCCUGCAUGAUAAAAUCCAAGCUGCAUCCGACCAGCCACUGCCUCAGUCCCUGAGAUCAGAGGUUACUUUCCAAAGCCCUUUUGUCUACAUCUUCACUUCAGGAACAACAGGUUUGCCUAAGGCUGCCAUCAUCAAUCAUUUGCGAGCACAUCGGAUGGCGAGCUUCAUGACGGGAUGCGGGUUUGAUAGCAGUGACGUCCUGUAUAUCACCCUGCCUCUGUACCACAGCUCUGGCUCCCUGCUCGGAAUCUGCAGCUGUAUUUCUGCAGGUGCAACUGCUGUCUUACGAUCCAAGUUCUCUGCCAGUCAGUUCUGGGACGACUGCCGAAAGCACAAUGUGACGGUUAUCCAGUACAUCGGGGAGCUGCUGCGCUAUCUCUGCAAUGUUCCCAAGAAGAGCAACGACCGGGACCACAUGGUGCGGAUAGCAGUGGGGAAUGGUGCUCGGGCAGAUGUCUGGAAGGAGUUUUUAAACCGAUUUGGAAAUAUCCGCGUUUGUGAGUUUUAUGGUGCAACAGAAGGGAACGUUGGCUUCAUGAACUACGUAGGAAAGGUCGGUGCAGCAGGAAAAGUGAACUUCUUCACUAAGAUGCUGCUGCCUUUUCACUUGGUGAAGUAUGAUGCUGAACUGGAAGCUCCAGUGCGAGAUGCCAAUGGCCAUUGCAUUGCGGUACCCACAGGAAAGGUUGGGCUUCUUAUUGGAGAAAUCACCCCCAAGACCCCAUUCAUCGGAUACGUGGGAAACAAAAUCCUGACUGAGAAGAAGCAUCUGAGGGACGUGUUCCGCAAGGGAGACAUUUACUUCAAUAGUGGUGACCUGAUGAUGCUGGACCAUGACAACUUCAUCUACUUCCAAGACCGAAUUGGGGAUACGUACAGAUGGAAAGGAGAGAAUGUGUCUACAGUCGAGGUGGCUGAUGUCUUGUCCAUGCUGGAUUUUGUUCAGAAUGUCUGUGUGUACGGAGUGACUGUACCAGGGAAUGAGGGGAGAAUUGGGAUGACUGCCAUCCAGCUGCAUUCUGGGAUGGACAUGGAUGGAGAACAGCUGUAUGAACAUGUGGUAGCUAACCUCCCGGUUUAUGCCCGUCCACGCUUCUUGAGGAUGCAGAAAGCGAUAGAAACCACAGGGACCUUUAAAUAUUAUAAAGUGAGUCUGGUGAAGGAAGGUUUUAAUCCGGAUGUUGUCCAAGACUGCCUCUUCAUCCUUGAUGACAAGAAAAAAGCUUAUGUUCCAAUGGAUCAAGAGAUCUAUCAAACUAUUAUCAGUAACCAGAUCAAACUGUAACUGUAGAACUGCUCCAACACAGAGUUAGGUAAACGGUACUGCGUUUCAGUUCUAUUUUAAUUCUAGUGGUUUGUAUAAAGAUAUUUCCUGGCUCUGAGGUGAAAUAUGAAAGAUCAUUGUGCAGGUAUUUUGUGGGACAUGAGAUGAAACGUUUCAAUAAUAAUGGAGAUUCAUGUUUCUUGUAAAAAGAUAGGAAAAUAGAAAUAGCUAUAAAAAAAAAUUAAAGGAUGUAUUAAAUAAAGGCCUUUGAACUUGUA